UGUUAGUAGUGGCGUUCAUUUUGUUUUCUUGUAGAACCACUCAUACAAACCCCUUAUACCUGGAUUCCCUAUUCACCCAACAACAGCUCAUCAGCCGUUACUGUAAGAAAUAAAAAUGUCAGCAAAGCGCAAAGCAGGUGGAAACGGCAAUGGCCCGAGCAAGCGUCGCCCAAAGAAAAAGGAAUCCGAUUAUGAGGAUGAUGUUAGCGAGGAUUCAGGAGAUGAAGCAAAAGCGUCUACCAAUCAAGUAGAAGUUCUCAUCCAACAUGACGAAUUGGAUCCACCCAGUAAACUGCCAGAAGAUUUAUUAGCCACAAUGGAUAAGGCACCAGGUCAAUUGCUCAUUGCAGGAAUGGUCACAUGGGAUCUGACCGGUAAACGUGAUCGAAAAAAUGUUGUUAAAGUUCGUCCAAAUCUGUUCAAUUUUCAUCGCUUUACGGACGAAAUGAAACUUACAGUGGAAGAUUUAUUAAGCGGACACUUUAAUUCAAUCUGCAAUUCUGUCUGCUUAAGAGAAGUGUCCGUUAAAGAGAAAGUAGUUACCAUGAAAAGUAAUAACUAA